AUGGCCAGCACAUUAAGCCCCAGCACCACGACUGGGGCCUCAGAGCAGCCUGUGAUGUCAGAGCGCAUCCAAAACGCUGCUGACAUCUCUGUCAUUGUCAUCUACUUUGUGGUGGUGAUGGUGGUUGGGUUGUGGGCCAUGCUGAAGACCAACCGGAGCACCAUUGGAGGCUUCUUCCUGGCUGGUCGAGAUAUGACCUGGUGUCCGAUGGGUGCCUCCCUUUUUGCUAGUAACAUCGGCAGUGGCCACUUUGUGGGACUGGCUGGAACGGGAGCAGCUUCAGGCAUUGCUGUUGCAGCAUUUGAAUGGAAUGCUGCACUGCUGUUGCCAGCCCUAGGGUGGAUUUUUGUCCCUAUAUACAUCAAGGCGGGGGUGAUGACCAUGCCAGAAUAUCUGAGGAAGCGCUUUGGUGGGAAGCGACUCCAGAUCUACCUCUCCAUCCUGACCGUCUUAAUCUGUGUGAUUUUGAGAAUCUCAUCAGACAUCCUUUCUGGAGCCAUAUUCAUCAAGUUGGCCUUGGGAUUGGACCUUUACGUGGCAAUCAUCGCCCUCUUGGCUAUCACUGCUGUGUACACAAUCACUGGUGGCUUGGCCUCGGUGAUUUACACAGACACUCUUCAGACCAUCGUCAUGCUGAUUGGCUCUUUUAUUCUCAUGGGAUUUGCAUUUGCCGAAGUUGGUGGCUAUGAGAGUUUCACAGAGAAGUACAUGAAUGCCAUCCCGUCCGUAGUUGAAGGUGACAACCUGACGGUCAGCUCCACGUGUUACACUCCUGGGCCCGACUCCUUCCACAUUUUCCAAGAUGCUGUCACCGGGAAUAUUCCAUGGCCAGGCACAAUUUUGGGAAUGACCAUUUUGGCUUCGUGGUACUGGUGCACAGAUCAGGUCAUUGUGCAGCGCUGCCUCUCAGGCAAGAACAUGUCUCACGUGAAGGCCGCCUGUGUCGUGUGCGGGUACCUGAAGUUGCUGCCCUUGUUCCUCAUGGUGAUGCCAGGAAUGAUCAGUCGCAUCCUGUACACAGAUAAGGUGGCAUGUGUCAUACCUUCCGAGUGUAUGAAGCACUGUGACACUGAAAUCGGCUGCACUAACUAUGCCUACCCAACACUGGUGCUGGAACUGAUGCCCAAUGGUCUGCGAGGCCUGAUGCUGUCAGUCAUGUUGGCCUCUCUCAUGAGCUCCCUGACCUCCAUCUUUAACAGCGCCAGCACCCUCUUCACCAUGGACCUCUACACCAAGAUUAGGAAGCAGGCAUCGGAGAAAGAGCUCCUUAUAGCUGGACGGUUAUUCAUCAUUCUAUUAAUUAUCAUCAGCAUUGUGUGGGUCCCGCUUGUACAGGUAGCUCAAAAUGGACAACUAUUCCAUUAUAUUGAAUCAGUUUCUAGCUACCUUGGUCCUCCAAUUGCAGCUGUCUUCCUGCUUGCCAUCUUCUGUAAGAGAGUCAAUGAACAGGGAGCUUUCUGGGGUCUAAUCGUUGGACUUGUGAUCGGCCUUAUCCGUAUGAUCGCAGAGUUUGCCUAUGGAACAGGGAGUUGCAUUGCUGCCAGUGACUGUCCUGAGUUUAUCUGUGGAGUGCACUAUCUGUACUUUGCAAUCAUCCUCUUUUUCGUGUCCAUCCUGAUUAUCCUGGGAGUCUCCCUUAUAACCAAACCCAUUCCUGAUGUACAUCUCCAUGGCCUGUGCUGGACUCUUCGAAACAGUACGGAGGAACGAAUUGAUUUAGAUGCAGAAGACAAAAGACAAGAAGAAGUUGAUGAUUCUGAAGAGGAUAAUUCUGAAGAAACUCGUGGGUGUUUCAAGAAGGCUUAUGACUUAUUCUGCGGUUUGCAGAAGAAAGGCCCCAAGUUGACCAAAGAGGAGAAAGAAGCCCUGGAGAAGAGGCUGAAGGACACAUCUGAGAAGCCCUUGUGGAGGACUGUCGUAAACAUCAACGGCAUCCUCCUCCUGGCAGUGACGGUCUUUGUCCAUGGCUACUAUGCCUGA